GACAAACGUUGAUUUAAUUGAUACUGAAACAUAUCCCAGAGGAAAUGAGUAAUUACGGUUAAACGUGACGUUUUACACGAGAUCCGAAGUUUCUUUUGGUCAAAUUACAAAUCGGGCUGCAGGGUGAAUGUUAAGAGAAGAUUAUUCGGCAUGAUAUCUGUUGGAGUGAGUGACUUUUCGGAAAUAUUGGGUGGGGAGUUAUGGAGGCUGCUCCAACCAGUCAGCUGUCGCAGGGGCUGCAGCUCGUUCUUCCAACCCCGGGGAUCCCCGGCCUCGAUGUAGUCAGAGCUUUGCAUCAGAGCGUCGUCUCCUUAAGAACAGCCCUCGACUCGUCCAGAGAAGAACUCCGGCGUCUGAAAGAGUCCGUAGGCGAUUUUAGCGGUGAGAGUUACCUUGACACGGUAGAACGUCUCGCAAUAGAAAAUCACGUCUUGCGUAGAAAAAUACUCGACGGAAGGAAAAAAAGUUUUCAGGAUGCCGAAGAAAAUAGAGUCAUUACGACGACGCCCGACUUAAACAAACGUUUGAUUUUCAGAUCUACUGCGGUGCCUGCCAAAAACCGGAGUCCGCUGAUGAGCGAAUCGAAAGACAAAAUGGAGAUCGGUAGAGAUGAUACGAAGAAGGAAACACCAUCGCGGCUGCAAGAGAAUGAAAGAGGCGGUGAAGAAUCGCUGCAGCGAGUUCAUGAUACCGAUUUUGGGCACCUUGAACCGUCCGCAGAGGGUGAACAAGAGGAGUUGAGCCUGAAGUCGAACUCCGAUGGAGAAAAUUCGGUGUUCGGUGACAAUCCGGGAAACACCGACAGUAAUCCUGACUAUGAAGAGAUGUCGGCGCACCUCAAACCGUCCGGAGAAUCGGAGAACGAUUCUGAGGAGCUUGACGAUAUCGAGCUAAUCUUCACAACCGACGAAACAAGAGAAGUCGGUCUGCAAGAAGAUCUAGUAUCGAUCACGGAAAAUGAGGCUUGGCCUGUUCUCCGCAAUCGCCAACCUGACGGACUACCGGUGCUUCUGAAGUACACGAAGACAUCCGAUCCCGAGUCUCUGGUCAACGGUGACAAGACAAGCUCGUCGGUCGAGGAGGCUGUUUCAUCCCAAAGCUCGAGCAUCGAUCGCGAAGAGAGUGUUGAUCGCUUCGACGAGGGGUCUGGUGCCAGGCUUAACAAAAUAUGGUCCCAAUGCUCGGUACUCGUUGAAACCGACAUCAGCAAGUGCGGCGUUCUUGAAGAACCAGAUCCUGCUAGAUACGCUGCUCGGAGAAAUACUCUAGCGGCCCCUCCGACUGCCUACAGACCAAUCAUACAUCGUGAAGCCUUGGCAACGGGACGUCGAAAGAGUGCGACGCCUCUUCGCCCAGUGAUGGAUCGGAAUGGUGGAGGAAGCCGUCGUGAAUCAGGAGUCCAAACCGAUAUUUCGGCACUUCCAGCGCAGUGGAGAUCCGAAAGCUACUUAGCUCACAAAGUUGCACAUGCAUUUACAACUUUGCCGAGUAAAUUUGCGCUGCCUGCUGGCAUUCCUGGGAGGCUCAGGCUAUCGGACAAAACAAGAGAGGCUCGGCGAGUCAUGCUUUCUGACAUCAGUUUCACCAGCAUGGUACCCGAAUUGUCGAGAAGCGCUGAUCAUCUCUGUCACGAUCCCCAUGCUCAGACUUGCCUAAACGCCCGAGGAUGUGGUCCCAGAACCCCGGAGGUUCACCGGCGGGAAUCCUUGGGCUCCUUGGCGGGUUAUUGGCCCCGGUGUCAUUCGGGGACCGGACUUCCUAGUCCAUGCGACUGCCGAUUGUCGACCGAUCUUUAUUCGUCCCGCUACCGUGGCUCAUUAACGUCGAUACCAUCACCCGGUCUCGAAGUUACCGUUGGAUCCUCGCGAAGACAUUCUUGGAGAGCAACGGCAGCCUCAUUUGACACCUGGCGGAUACCCGUCGCCACAUCGACUCCACGGCCAACUUGGUCAUCGAUGCCAUCUUCGCCGACUCAUAUUCAUCCGCCACUGAUUUCUGGGGCCUCAUCCUCUCGCACGGCUUCCAAGAAUCCACCAAAGAGGACACGGUCUAAGGUCACAUUCCAAGACUGUCCAGCAACGAGAGGUAGCCUUCCUAAUCUUUGUUCAGACUCUAUCGGUGCUGAAAAUAGUGGUGAUUCGACAGAAUCGUUGAUCGACGAAGCAGAAGACUAUCUUAGGCGAAGCAUUGAUUCGAUGCUGACGAUUACCGGACCCGAAUAUUUCCGUCACACAGCCACAAGACGACGAAGAACCCGUCGACACUCAGAGCCUGAUCUUCUUCGAGAAUGGAAUCCCCCUCAAGAUGCUCGGCCGUACUUACCGAAGAUUCCACGAGACUUGAAGCUUAAUCAUCUCGUCAAAGUCAUAUCGCCGGAAGGUCGAGUUCUCCAAGGAAGGGUGCGAUACGUGGGCCCAGUACCGGGUCGACAAGAUCUUCACGUUGGUGUCGAACUGCCAACGGAUAGCGGCUCAUCUGACGGUACCUUUCAUGGCCGCCGUUUCUUCGACUGUGACUCUGGGCGAGCAGUAUUCGUUCCCUUCAAGAAGGUCGUUAUGGCUUGGUGCACCACUUGACACGGGGCACUAUGCGCGAGUCAACCAACGCCAUCAGCUGUGAUUACGCCAAAAAUAUUGCUGUCUCAAUACACAAUGUGAAGUCGCUAAAUCAGAUGGGUUGUAUUUCUACCGAAUCAACGACUUUGGAGUAUAUAGAUGCCGUACUCAAAUCUCAGCUCAAAUCUUGACAAAGGUGACGUUAGCGAAGUUUAACAAAGAUUAUCGACUAUUUCUGAUCAAGAAUCUGAAAAAUGUUUCAUAAAAUUUCUGAAAGUGUUCGAAUUACGUGGAAGUAAUCUGAUCGUCAUCGCAGCUCACAAAACUUGUUUAGUGUUUGUAAGAGUCUUCCAGAAUUUUGUUCGAAAAUAGUCGGAACCAUAUUUACGCCAAGCAUAUAUCUACGGAAAUAUAAG